CAGACCUCAUCCGACCCCACCACGUUGGCCGACACGUUGGCCUCUGCGGGUGUGGACUUGAGAGAGGAAGAGGCUUUGUUGAGCUCUACUAUACAAAUUCCGUUCGGUGCAGAAGCGGAUGUGGCAAAAAUCGUGUCGUCACUGUUCUUGGAACACCGCCAACUAGCGCCGUUUAUGCGGAUGAUUGCGCGCGAUAACGGCGUCAAGCAGACUUUUGACCAGGAACCGGACAUCUUGGGCACCAUGUCGGCUGCCUGCGAGCACUGGCUCUCGCACGUGGUGACAAAGACCGCGCUUUUGGCCCGACACCGUAAGCGCACAACCAAAAAGAGCUCCACGUUGAACCGCAACCACACACCCACCGCAUUGCGCGAGCUCGCGUACAAGCAGAAGGCAGAGGAGGACGCGCGCUCACAGAAACGCAUACAGUUGGGGAUCGAGACGGCUCUGGACCUGCUGCAGCGCGCAGGUGCGGAGGAGACGUUACACCGUGCAACCAACUCGACUGCGAGCAUGAUGACCGGCGCGAAGAGACGGAAGUAUGCGUGGUUGAGCAACGGCGCAAACGCAGGCGCCGGGACCGGUGGCCGCAACAGCAACGUCCGGGGUGACACUGGGCUCCGGUUUAGGGAGAACAGAUACUCACGUGGAAUUGUUUUGCGGGAUGUGUUGGAAGCGAUGGACGGUGAGCGAAUGGGUGUGGACAAGAGCAUUGUCAAGGGAUACGCUAAGUUAAGGGACUAG